AUGGAUUUACCCGUUAUAUUAAUUGAAGAUGGUCGAAGUUAUGAAAAACGUGAACUACAACGCUGGCUAGCGAAUCAUAAUACAUCACCAACGACAAAUAAAGUGUUGACAAGUAAGCAGUUUAUUGUCAAUAUUAAUUUAAAGAAUGCCAUCGAAGAAUUUCGUGAAAAGCAAGCAAAAGCUCAACACUUUGAAAUAUUGUCGGAUACAUUAGAGAUAAAAUCUGGUCGAUUACCCGAACAACAUCGAGAUAAGAAUCAUCCACAAUUGCGUAUUAAAAUAUGUGUCUUAGGCGAUGCUUGUGUUGGGAAAACAACAAUUAUAAAACAUUUACAAUUUAAUAAUCGUAUACCGAAAGAGGUUUAUGCUGCCACAGUUGGACCUGAUGUAGUAACACUACAUUUAAAUCGGUUAUAUGAAGAUCGUUUCGCAGUUUCAAUAAAUAUAUUUGAUAUACCAGGCGAUAUUAGUCAAAAGGACGUCUGGAAGAGUCAGUAUAAAUGUCACGGUGCUGUUCUUGUCUGUGAUGUGACUCGGCGUGAUACAUUGAAAACUCUCGAAACGGAAUGGUAUGGUGCAUUAAAACAAUAUGGUCUACAUGGAUCUGAAAGUGUAGUGCUGUGUAAUAAAAUUGAUUUAUCUACCGAUUCAGAAGAUCAAAUAUUUAAAGAUGCAGAAAGAUUUUCAACAAAAUAUGAUUUAUCAUUAUUUUAUACGUCGGCUCUUACUGGUAAAAAUGUACAAACAAUGUUCAAUCAAUUGGUCUUAUGUAUCUUAAACAAUAGUGUUUUGUUAAAUCGGUUAAAAGAAAAUAGAGAUGUUGAUAAAGUGAAUGCAAGUAGUAGAAAUGAACCAACAAUUAUAUUGGGACCAGUUGCUAAGUUCGACGAAGAAGUUGUUCGGCUCCGUCUUCUUUACAAUGCAUCGUUGCAUCAAACAACUGUAGUGGAACUGCACCAACCUACAAACCUGUUUGUUCCUGUUGUUGAACCAACCUAUACGGAAGGCGAUUCUGUCUCCGAACAAUCAACAGCAACUGCGAAAAAUGACGACGUAAAGGAAGAAAAUGAAAACGCUUCUGGAGUUUCAAUAUCAACCGCAGUCGAGCAGAAUCAGCAAGAGUCCGAUAAUAUCAUAAACAAAGAACAGUCUACAACCGAUAACACCGAACAAGCUAUUGAAAAACAAGAAGAUAGUCUAGAUGAUAAUGAUCAAAAAAUUACUGUUAAUGACCUAAAACAAGAACCGAACGAACCGCAACAAAAGAAUGAAAACGAAAGUUCGAACGGCGCCAACGAGGAAGAAAACAUAGUUUCAACUGGUCAUGGAACAGAAAAGAACAGUAAUGUGGAUGAAAGUGGAGAUACGAAGGUUACUGCGGAUGUUGUUAAUGAAGAAAAGACUCACAAUGAGAAUGUACAAAAUACCGACAGUCACAUUGUUGACAAAUUAAGUACAGAAAAAUCGGAUGCAUUAAUUGAAUCACAUUCACAAAUCGAAAAACAACAUCAAGAAGAAGUUAACAAUAAUGAGGAGAACGUUGAAGAAGAUAACGAUUCUGAUUAUGAAGAUCUAGAUGAUGAGGAAGAUGAGUAUGUAGAAGAUGACGAUUAUGAACAGCCAGAUGAAGAAAGUCACAAGAAGAAUAAGUCUCAACCACAUGACGAUGAUUAUGAGAAGGAAGUAAACAAACGAGCAUUACAACCACGUCAAAGGAGAACUCAACGAGAAAAUGAAGAUGACGUCCACUCGGAAGAUAAUGAGGAAAAGUUAGCAGAUGAUCAGAAUGUACCUGGAGAAAAAGGCGAACAACAAGAAGGGGAAUCUAGUGAAAUAGAAAAGAAAGGAAAAGUCGCCGAUGAUGAUGAAGAUUUUAAAAGUCCGGCAUUUGUACCUCGAAAGGGACAGUUUUACGAACAUGAUGAUCGUAUGUUAGAUGAAAAAGAGCGUACACAAAAGGAGGUUGUUCGGCCCAAACAAAAGCUAUGGAAAGACUCCGAUUCUAAAUGGAAACAUGAUCGUUACAGGGAUGAAGAACAGGGACCAAAGUCGACUGAAGAAUUAUAUAGAACAUAUGGAUCUGAUAUUCGUACGUUGCCACAAGCCCCUACUGAGGGACCGGUGCGUGGUUUCACUGGUCAACGAAGAUCGCGUGGAGCUAAUUCAAAUCGACAACUUCAUUUGCAAGACUAUAUGAGUACACGUGGUGGUGGUGGUGGUGGUGGUGGAGAGAAUGGAAGGAAUCGUCAACAGUAUGAUAACGAUGAUACUGGUAGUAGACAAUAUGGAUCAACUAAUCCACCAAAUGAGAAACGUAGAAGAGACCCAAAUCGACGAUAUGGUAAUGCUGUCGAUGAUAAUUCCGAGAGCUAUGGUAAUUAUGAAAAACCAAAUGCUGACAAAGAUUCAUCGUCGAGACGAACAAACUUUGAAUUUGAAGAUUAUGAACGAACAAGUGGCGGUGAGAAGGAUCAAAAACCGUUCAAUCGUAACAGACGAAACGAUGUUGAAACGAGAAAUUAUCGUGGAAGCGGACGGUUCAACAGAGGAGGCUCGGAUCAAUUUUAUCGAGGUGGUGGACGACCAGGUUACAGAAAUAAUAACAGUCGCCAGGAAUCACGUAGUUAUGAAGAUUAUGUGUUAGAAGAUAGACAGUCUAAACCGUUUCAACAAAGAGAUCAACAACAGCAACGUUCUGCAUAUCGAAAUGAAACAAAACCAGCACGACAGCAAGGACGACCAGAUAAUGAAUACCGUCAAAAUGAGGCAUACCGUCGAAGUGAUGACAGGACUAGUCAGAGACCAAACAAUCAGAAUUCAAAUGUAGAUAACUCUGGCACUUUUCAUCGUGAACGUAAUUUCACGAAUACCCAAUUUCAACAACAGCAACAAACAGCAAAAUUUAAUAGUAAUAAUAAUUAUCAGAUGCAAGAUAAUCAAUCGAAAACAACAAGACAAGCAAACAGAAAAACAUCUCCAACAUCAUCUCAUACUCCUAAACCUUCAACAACGGCAACAGGCGCACGAAUACAAUCUUCAGGCGUCCAGUGUACUUUGAUUACUGAUGAAGAUGAUCGAUCUCAAGAUAUUGGAAUUCAAGUUGGAGCUAAUCACAGAAACAAAGUGCCAAGUCGUGGACCGGGACAGCAAAUUAAUAAUUAUCAACAAAUGCCUUCAAAUCAGCAGCAACAACAGCAACAGCAUGGUAAUAAUUCGAAUGAACCAUCUGAUGAUAGAAGUUUUGUUAAUUCAAAUUAUAAAGCAGCAGAAGAUCGUAUGAGAUCUGGAACACAAAUGCGUGCACCGCAAUAUCAAGGGGGCAAUUCACCCAACGAUGGUGUAAAUUCAAAUUUGUCUGCUGAAAGUGAACCCUUUGCCCCGCCUAAACGUUAUUCAAACAUGCGAACUGCUCCAACAGCAUCACCAUCGGCGCCAAUGCAACAGGCCCGACCACCUCCGCAGCUCAUUCAAUCUUAUCCGCAUGACCAGAAUGAACAACAACGCUAUUACGACCCAAAUUGGAAUCAACAUGCUCCUCCUUUGCCUCCACUUCCUCAACCAACCAGUUACGUACAACAACCGAUGAUGGGUGCAGCUCAGAUGUCACCAAUUUAUCAUCAUCCACAGGCAACGAUGAAUCCUCCAUUGAAUGCUGGCCCUCCACCAUAUAUUUUACAUCCAUAUCAUCCAUCGCACCCUCAAUCUUAUGGACACGUUCAAAUGGCCUAUCAACAACCAACAUCAACGGUUAUCCACGAUGCUCUUUCCAAUGGAAUGGGUUUUAGAUUUUUGACCGGUUUUCUAGGAAGUUUCCCAAAGAUCCGAUCUCUGAAAAAGCACUUAGAAAAUCGUUUCGAAACUCAAAAACCAUUCCAUUGGAAAGAGCAUCCUAGAACAGUUGAAGCUGGUGAAGAUCAACGUCGUUUAUUGAAAUUUUUGUUUGACAAUUAUAACGAGCUUGAACGCCCUGUACAAAAUGACAGUGAUACGUUAACUGUUAAAAUGAAUCUUGCACUUCAACAGAUUAUUGAUUUGGUAAAAUGUGUACAGAAUUGGAUUGAUUACAGUUUAAAAUGGUCACCAGAAAAGUUCGGAAACAUAACUACGAUGCGUUUGCCUAGUGUAAAAGUUUGGACGCCAGAUAUUUUACUCUAUAAUAGUGCGGAUGAAAAAUUUGACGCUACAAUGAAAACAAAUUUAGUUCUUCAACACAAUGGCUCGAUACUCUAUGUUCCACCUGGAAUAUUCAAGUCUAUUUGCCCCGUUGACAUUAGUGAUUAUCCUUUUGGUUUGAAUUUGACGUCCGAUGGUGAACAAGGGCAACUAGAUGCUUAUAUCAAGAGUGCCGAGUGGGAUUUAAAAGCAUUUUCUGCGAAACGCGAAACGUUUAAAUAUGAUUGUUGUCCUACAAAAUAUCCCUAUGUACUAUUUACCAUUCAAAUGCGACGACGAACGUUAUAUUAUAUUAUUAAUAUUAUCGUACCAUGUGUCCUGAUAUCAUUUAUGACAGUUUUAGGAUUUCUACUUCCACCCGAUUCGGGUGAAAAACUUACUUUACUUAGUUAUUUUAUGUGUGUAAUGUGCAUUUCAUCAAUGUCUAUUGUGGCAACUGUCAUUGUUUUACUUCUUCAUCAUCGAAAUGCAAAAAAUUAUAUUAUGCCAUAUUGGAUUCGAGUCUAUAUUUGUCAUUAUCUCGCUUGGUUACUGAGAAUGAAGCGACCUGGCUAUGAAUUAUCAUUUCAAACAAUUCGUCGUUUUCAUAAACCCUCACAAAACGAAAUAUGUCUAUUAGCAAAUUCAUCAAAAAGUUUAUUAGCAAAUAUUAAGGACGAUGAGCCACUAUUAAUUGGACUUCAAUUUUCAAAAUUUAACAAAAAGUCGACUGGGAUCCCAUCAAAGAAUUAUAUAAAAACUGAUGAUUGUAGCACUAGUAAAAUAUACGAUGUACUAUCUCAAGAGAUUCAUUUACUCUGUAAUGAACUAAAAACAAUUCGAACCGAACUUUGUUAUAUCACAAAUAAUAUUCGAGAAGAAAAAGAUGAAGAAGAAAUUUCAGUUGAUUGGAAAUUUUCUGCCAUGGUUAUUGAUCGUCUAUGUCUAUGUUUAUUCACAACAUUGACGGUUAUUUUCAGCUGUUCGAUGCUAUUCUCAGCCCCCAAUUUUUUUAAAAUGCGAUAA